GAGGAGCAGUUUAAGAAAACAAAGGCCAUCGUGGAGAAGUUUGGGGCUCCCGGAGGUGUGGGAGAGGUUCUCCAGAAAAAGCUUCUAGAGAGGAGGGACAAGACGACCAACUGGGUACCUCAGAUUUAGUCUCAGAGACCAUAAAGUAAUACGUAACCCGUAAGAGCUGGAAAAAGUGAAACACCUGGCGAUAAAGAUUUAUUGGAGACUCUGCUCGUCCUUUGUUGCUUCAAUCUCUCCUCCUGCGCCUGGGUGAUUGGUCAGUCCACAACUCAUCCAGCUCUGUGAAAUCUAUCACGCUCCCACUCUUACACCAACUCUCUCCUUUUUCAUCUGGCAGUGAUACAAUGUAAUGGUUCUUUACCCCACUGCACACCAGUCUCAACUCUGAGAGUAAUAACUUGAGUCCAAAACGCUUAACAAAGCACCAUUUCUCAAAAACCAUCCCUGUGCUUUUGUUUAGGUCUAUGACUACUGGCUGGAGGACAUGUACUUGAACAACAGGUUAGCUCUACCGGUCAACUCCAGUCCUGUCAUGGUGUUUCCGAAGCAGACAUUCAGAGAUCAUAAAGACGCCCUCAGAUUUGCAGGUCGUCUCAUCAGAGGAGUGCUGGACUAUAAGGCUCUCAUUGAUGCGCGAGCGCUGCCAGUGGAUUUUGCUCGAGGCCAGCUAGCUGGGACCCCUCUGUGCAUGGAGCAGUACUACCGCCUCUUCACCUCCUACCGCUACCCGGGGUUAAAGACAGACACACUGAAGGUCCAGAUGAAUGUAGCCUCCUCAGCGCCGGAGCACAUCAUCGUGGCGUGCAAGAACCAGUUUUUCGUGUUGGAUGUAGUCGCAAACAGCAAGCAGCUCAACGAGACGGAGAUCUUAUCCCAGCUGGAGAAAAUAUGGAAAAUGGCAGAAAAUGCUGAAGAGAGAUUCCCUCCCUUCGGUAUCCUGACAUCUGACGGGAGAACAGAAUGGGCACAAGCUAGAGAUGCACUAACAAAAGAUCAAACAAACAAGGACUCUCUUGCCCUGAUUGAGAGCUGUCUGUGUGUGGUGUGUCUGGAUGAGCCCAGUGGCCUGGGGCCUAGUGAUACCAACAGGGCUCUGCUGAUGCUGCAUGGUGGAGGCCGUGAGAAGAAUGGGGCAAACCGCUGGUACGACAAGUCAAUGCAGUUUGUUGUAGGAAUGGACGGGAUAUGUGGAGUUGUGUGCGAGCAUUCAGCAUUUGAGGGAAUAGUUCUUGUGCAGUGCUCUGAAUAUGUGAUGAAAUACAUAACAGGGAGUCCCUCCAAGAUGGCGAGAGCGUCCAGUAUCAGAGAGCUUCCCCCUCCGAGAAGGCUGCUCUGGAAAUGUAACUCACACAUGCAAGGACUCUUAGCAGCAUCCGGAGACAGACUCCAGAGGUUGGUGAAUAAUCUUGACAUGGACGUUUUCAACUUCAAAGUUUAUGGGAAAGAAUUUAUCAAAAACCAGAAGAUGAGUCCAGAUGCGUUUAUACAAGUUGCCUUACAACUUGCAUUUUACAAAUGCGGUGGAAGGCUCGUGUCCACUUACGAGAGUGCGUCCAUUCGGCGUUUCCAAGAUGGUCGGGUUGAUAACAUUCGCUCUGCCACCCCUGAGGCCCUGGCCUUUGUGAAAUCCAUGACUGAUGAGAGGGCCACUUUCACCGAUUCAGAAAAAAUUAAACGACUGAGGGAUGCAAUUAAUGCCCAGACAAAUUAUACAAUUGCAGCCAUUACAGGAAUGGCAAUAGACAAUCACCUCCUCGGGCUUCUAAGGAUGGCACAGGAGCUCAACAUGGAGAAGCCAGAGAUCUUCUGUGAUGUGACAUAUUUGACCAGUAACCAGUUCAUCCUCUCCACCAGUCAGGUCCCUACCACAGUGGAAAUGUUCUGCUGCUACGGCCCCGUGGUGCCCAACGGCUAUGGCGCCUGUUACAACCCGCAGUCAGAUCACAUCAUCUUCUGUGUGUCUAGUUUCUGGGAGACCACAGAGACGAGCUCAGCCGUUUUCGUCAAAGCCCUGAACGAGGGCCUGCUGGAAAUCAGGGACCUGUGCAAUAGAGGCAACACUGCAGCUACCAAACUGGCUUGUAGCAGCCAGAGUGCUGGCCAGCCUCAUAAAUCAGGGAAGUAAGCAAUACUGAGAGAGCACGCCCACUCAGCUGCUCCACUCAACACUCUUAGACUUAGACUUUAGCUUUAGACUUAGUAGUUGAGAUGCCUUUGUGUGUCUUUGUUGUCAGUGCAAUAGUGUUAGUCUUUAACAACAAAGUGCAAAGCCUUAAAAUUGUAUGUAAAUAUAAAAAAAUGUGAAUUAAAACUGGAAAACAUUUUUUGACGCUGAAUCAUUUGGAUGUGUGUACACAUCAGAAUGAUUUCGGGUCCUACUAUGACCUCGCUCGACUCAGUAGACAGAGACUAACUGGUCUGCUGCCUUUAGGAAACUAAAGCCAUGCCUGCUUUGUAGCACUGAUGUGGGUGGUAACUCCUCAGUCAUAGUGAAUCAAAUGAGUGAUCCCAAUGUAUAUCUUACACAUAUAGAGUUGUCAUGUAAUCUACAUAAUAGGAUUCUGUAAAAAUACCUGCAGUAUAUUGAGGUGACUUAUAAGAAUCAUGACAUCCUGUAAAUGUGAUCCUGCCAAACUGUUUCACUUGGUGUAUCCUAUUACGUUAACAACAACAACAAAAAUGGAUCAUUCAUACUAUAAGAUCCAUUUUAUUGUGCUUAAGCUAUUUUUACUUGAUUCCAUUGACACCAUAUGGUUGCCAAAGAGGUUGUGUGUAUGCAAAGUCUGUCUGAUGAGGCACUUUAAGAUAUUUAUUUAAAGAUAUGAAUGAAUUACUGCAUUGUAAAUGUAGAGGACUGCUUAUAAAUAAUGUGUUUAGAGGGAAAACAUAGGUGAUAUGGUUUCAGUGACACAUUUGAAGUCGUCUAGUUGUACUGUAUGUAUGUUGUUUUCUAAUAGGUUAAUAAGUGUAGGGUGUAAUAAACAGUGCUACUUUACUAUAUAAGCAAAAUAUAGUCCAGUGGUGACUGAGGCAAACCACUGUGUUCAUGUGUACAUAAGUGCUUAGAUAGGUAGAAUUCAUUGUGCAAUAACAAAAUAGUAAGUGCAGUGAGGGUACAUGUGCAAUUUACCACCUCAUUUCAUUAGAUGCAUGGCACUUAUUUAAUAUUAAAUUAACUAUGGUUACUAUUUUUGAUACUCAAAAAUAUUGUAAAUUAUUGGUAACAUUAGAAUGGCUUACGCAAAUCUACAACAUGCAUGCCAGUUUGGUCAAAAAAUGUCCAUUCAAAGAUUACGGUCUUGUUAGGGCAAAUCGAAUCAGUGGUCUUUAGCUGUGAAAAUGUGAGGAUACUUGUUCUCCUGUGUCCAAAUCUCUUUGUUAUGUAUCUAUCUAUCAUCAGCCAAAGUGAACGUGAACCAUGUGAUUUCAGAAUCCAUGUCAAGAAACAAGUAGGAAACAUACAUGCAUGUUUAUUCUUACAUACUUACUGUAUUUUUAUAUGUUUAGAUGAAAAGCUUAUAAAAUUACAUAGUGAAAUACUAGUGAAGGGUACACAUAUAAAUGCCUUAAAAUAAAGUGAUGCAAACUGUUUUCCACCAUUCCUGCCAGAUGUUAUAUUCUAUAAAUGUUUAAUGUUUUACCUCUGAUGUUAAUAUUUCUACUUGGUGUUUGCUGUCUAAUCUCAGUGAUACAUGUAGAAGAAUGUAAUAUUUGUCAUGUUUUAUUCAGUCAGUUUUCUCUUCAUCUCAUUCAUAAAAAGUAACUAAUAAUAAUCCCUGUGAGUAAAUCCAGCUGCUAUAUGUAUUGUACCAUGAUUGUACCAUGAUAAAUUAAUGUUACACUCAUCCAUGAUAAUAUUUUUGUGAACUGUAAUUAAUGUGUAACACGUCAUUGAUAGGGAGAAUAAAUAUGUUUUAAGGCAUUUAAUAUUCAAUGAAUGUUCAAUGAAAACUAUUACGUUUAUAAUUAUAAAAAAGAAAAGAAAAUGCUCAUUUAUUUUUUUAAGGCUACAGUAAUAUUUUGUUGGUAGAAGACAUUGUAAACUGUAGUUGUAAUGAAAAUGAAAAUGUCGUGUGGCAAAAACUGACACAAUUACAGAAAUAAAAUGAACUUAACACCAUUA